CUGCAUGCUGUGACAGCGUCACUUAUCUAGUCAUUUCGUUGCAUUUCGUAAUAUUUUAUUUUGCGUAACUAAUUUUCUUAAUUCACAUGGUGCAGUGUAAAAACAUAAAAAUUGUAAAUCGUUUUAAAAUUAAAGCGAUGAAAUCUCUUGUGCUGACAGUUUCAUAUUUAUAGCGCGGUGGCGGGCUGCGAGCAGGGUGCAGGCGGGGCGGGGGGUGCGAGUGGAGCGGGGCCGGGUGGCGGGCGGCCGGCGGACACCAUCCGGCGCGUGCGGGUCAAGAUGUCGUCUGUGUCGGCGCAGGGAGUGGUGGAGCGAGCAUCGGCGGAGUUGUCUCGCCGUAUCACCGGGCUGGGGUUGCGCGGACGCAAACGCUCCCCUGGCGUCGUCGAACGCAUGGCCAGCGCCCUCUGUGGACCGGCGCAUGCUGCGCCGCGCGUGCCUCGUCGGAAACGCCUCGAACCGCGACCCUUAUUGUGGCCUCAAUUUAUCUUAGAUGAGAAAUUCCUGGAAAAAUUCUUUCUUUACUUUAACGCAAACGAACGCCGCACGCUAGCGCAAGUGUGCACCAAAUGGCGUGAUCUCCUAUAUUCGUCUCCUCGCUGGUGGAAUGGACUGGUAGCGGUGCUGGACUGCCGCGAGCUGCGCUCCGCCUCCGGGUGCUGCAUGCAGAGGUUCUACAACUCUAUAAUAAGACGGGGCAUACGGGGAGUCGUGCUAGUGUCCGCCACCGACGACGACAUUAACGAAUUCAUAAGGCAGUUUCCUCUCUCUGCUCACCACAUACAUGCCAUUAGUUUGAAAGGAUGCACUAUAACCGAUCGGGGAUUGGAAGCUAUACUUGAUCAUUUACAGGUUCUGUUUGAAUUAGAAUUAACAGGCUGCAAUGAAAUAACAGAAGCUGGUUUGUGGGCAUGUCUAACCCCGCGUAUAGUUUCACUCACGCUUACUGAUUGCAUUAAUGUUGCUGAUGAGGCUGUGGGCGCGGUGGCGCAACUGUUGCCUUCGCUGUACGAGUUCUCACUGCAAGCGUACCAUGUUACUGAUGCGGCCCUCGGGUACUUCUCCCCCAAGCAGAGCGCCUCGUUGAGCGUGCUGCGACUUCACAGCUGUUGGGAGCUUACGAAUCAUGGGAUUGUUAAUAUAGUGCAUUCAUUACCCAAUCUGACGGUCCUGUCGCUGAGCGGGUGCAGCAAGGUGACGGACGAAGGUGUGGAACUGGUGGCGGAGAACCUGCCGCGUCUGCGCAGCCUCGACCUCAGCUGGUGCCCCCGCGUUACAGACAACGCGCUCGAGUACAUCGCCUGCGACCUCAACCACCUCGAGGAGCUUACGCUCGAUAGAUGCGUGCACAUAACGGACAUCGGAGUGGGCUACAUCAGCACGAUGCAGUCUCUGGCAGCACUGUUCCUGCGCUGGUGUUCGCAGCUGCGAGAUUUUGGCGUACAACAUCUCUGCGGCAUGCGCUCCCUGCAGCUUCUCUCACUCGCAGGUUGUCCGCUAUUGACUUCAGGAGGCCUCUCCAGUCUAAUACAGUUGAGACAGUUGCGAGAGUUGGAGCUCACGAACUGUCCGGGUGCUUCCCCCGAACUCUUUGAUUACCUGCACGAACACCUGCCGAGAUGCCUCAUAAUAGAGUAAGGUAUGCGGUGCCAUACAUAUAUAUAAUUAAAAAAAAUAAAAUGUUCAAAUGCAAUCUUACACAAUAUAUAAGCUCAUCUCAGUCAAUUUCACACAACAUUAUUGAAAAAGACAAUGCCUUACAAUGUUAAUCAAUAAAAAGCAGGCUUUAGUUUUAGGUUAGUAUAUAGGUGUAUUUAAAUUCCUAAUUUUCGAUAUUAACAAUUUUGCUAUAUAAGUGUUUUUUUCAAAUAUUGGGUGUUAUUUGUCGUGAUCCCCCACUUUUAAUUACAAAACAAGUCAAAUAGAUGUUGUAAAUCUACAUUUAUGUAGUUUCUAUAUACCAACAUAUAAUUGUGAAUUCCUUAUGUGUACAACAUGUUUAGACAUGUUCCCCCCUAGUUUUGUAGUUUUUCUGUUUCCCAAUUGAGUGUAAAGACUCUUAAAUGCACUAAUAUAUAACAAAAACACAGUAUUUGAUAACCAGUCAUUAAACCAUUUUGCUCUUAAUUAAAUGCUCAAAUGGUCGUAUUGUUCCCUAAUAACUUGGAGCAAUAGUCCAAUAGAUAUAUUUUUGUAAACAUUGUGUUCUCUUUGUCAUGUCAAUGUCAUCGUACCUUAUGGAAAAUAUAUAACUUUAAACUUCCAUGGUUUUUACUAACAUAAUAUUCAUGGAAAAUAUUUUCCUAGAUAGUUCUGCUAUCAAAUAAUUUUUUUC